GCGCCUCAAAGUAGGCAAAUGAGUAGUGUGAAAGAGAAUUUUUCACGUGGGAAAAAUUUAAUUAAUUCAUAGUGAAAAGUGUAGAAAAUUGUGUUGAAAAGCAUGGCAGAAGGAACUUAUGAGUACGAGUGCAUGAGGGCAGAAUUAUUGGGUAUUGAUCCACCGGAUAGAGAAACAUUUGAGGCUAAUAGAAAGGCCCAACUUGAGGCGGAACAGGAAAAUCUUGCGAGUGAACAGGCCAAAGAAUUGGAGCAUCAGGAUGAGCAAUUGAGAGGUGGACAUGGUAAGUUGGACGAAUUGAACAGUAUUCUGUCGAUGACACAGCAAAGGAUUACCAAAUUCAAGACCGUGUGCGGAAGUUUAACAAAUUUGCUGAAGAUUCGUCCUGGAUCAGCUGCAGGAGAGGCAUCCGGGAGUUCUGAAGCAGCUCCAGAGGGUGCAGAUGUGGAGAAUGCUUCGCAAGAAACCAACGAUAUCAACAGUGCCCUCGAUACGCUCGACACAAUGAGGGAUAAUGCCACCAAGACGGACACAACGGAGAUCCGUGAGACAUCCCUGAACAUCCAGAAAAAGAUGACCGCACAAUUUGAUGCCCUGGAUUCGCUGCUCAAUAAAGCAGAGAAUGCUCAGUACUCCAUGGAGCAGCAAAAUAAGGAGAUGAAGAAAUUCCUCCGCUAGACACAACGAACAUAAUACAAAACUCCAAAUCAAUUUUUCUGCGUCUUUUAAAUUAAAACAUGCAAAUAUUUUCUCAUAUUCAGGUGAUAACGGAGAUAAUCAAAUGGUAAAGAUAUCGAAGUGGGAGGAAGAAACAUUUCUUGUGAUGUAUUGAAAGUUGUAGAAGUUCUUAGAGAGCGUAAACGACUGUAUUUAGUAGAAUGUGAGUUAUUUUUGGUGGCACUUUUUGCUUUAUCACUUAUUGGUACAAAAACAAUAAUUAUGGUUUCUUUGCAAUACCGCAAGUAUUUCUUUAAUUUCUUAUUUGCAGAACUUUUAUCUUUAGGAAACAACAAAGGUAAGCUGUCGAAAUUCUUAAUACUUGAUCUUCUGACUACAUCGUGUUCAAAUAAUGAUAGAAAUAUGCUAAAUACUAACAAAUUAAUAUUUUUCAUAUAGGAGAGGUUUUAAAAAUAAGCAAUAUAAAAGGUAAAAAUAAAAAUUCACUUUUCAAUGUAUAACUAGAUGGACUAAACGAAACUAAAAUAUAAUUAAUAAAAUCUUUGUAAAAUUAAGAAUUUUGAAUUUCAUUAUGUUUUUUAUUUCAUUUGAAAAAAGCAAAAAACAAACGAGCAGUAUAAAAUUCUAAAUGAUCAGUAAAAAAUUAAAAAUGAGCAGUAAAAUAUCUAAUUAUGAUCAAUAUAAAACUUAAAUCUUUACAAAAAUGGGCCUAAUUUAUAUAUUUAACAUUUAAAAUAGUUCCAUAUAGAGUGAAAAGCCCCUUAUUUUCCCUUUGCCAAAAUUUGGACGAUAAUAUCACUGUUUCAAAUUUUUUUGUUACUGAUCAAUUUUAACUUUUUACUGCUCAUUUAUUCAAUGCCUUUGAAAAAUAGUUACUUAACUUAAUGUAUUAGUAAACAAAGACUUAAGCAUGAUCUUUUGGUUUGCAAAAUAUUUAAUUUUGAUCAAAAACAAUUUUUAAAUAAGUAAUUAAAGAAAAAAUGCGGUAUUGCAAAGUAAAUUCCAAAUAAAUAAAUUACAAUUGUAAUUUGCGCUUCCAACUAUUUAUUGUUGAUUCUUCAUCUUCUAAUGCUACCAGACAAAACUGUAUUACAAUGAAAUAUUUAAAGAAAAAACCUGAUAAUAUAAUUGUUAAAAAAUUAAAAAAAAGAAUAAUGUAAAUUUAUCGUGACAAUGAAUAAAAAUCGCAAGACAAGAA